CCCGUAAAUGCUGCUCGUUAACGCCGAUGUUUGGUGGGGAUUAUUACAAGCCGCGGGGUGGCCAACUGUGAGUGAAUGCAGCCGACUCAGGUGAUCAGAAAGCGGAAUAGAGAGAGUCACAACGCAGGCCUGUCCCCAGCACCAUCCACCCGCCGAGCUGCACCAACAUGUCUCUAACUUUUGUGCUAUCAGCUGUUAUCUUCACGCUCCUCGCCAUCGUGGUCGCAACGUCGCUCUUUAACGGCUCCUCGCCCUACACCGCCGACUUUGCAAGUUAUUUCGGACACGGUGCAAACGCGCCGCCGACACAGAACGGCCAUGUACCGGACAAGAAGAAGAAGAAGAAGACGGAGGACGACUGGUGCGAGAUGAGCGGCAGCUCACAUGAUCACUGGGAUGUAGUGAAAUCUGUGCUCUCAGAGGAGGCACAGUCCCGCCCUCACACUGAAGAACUGGCAACCCCAGUUGAGCACUCCUCCUCCUCCUGCUCCAGCCUGUCUGUACCCAGGCCUGGAUGCAGGCGUAUGAGCUUAGAGGCAGACUCGUCGUCUGAGGCGUCGUCGGGGGCGAGCCGCCGGUCAUACAUUGGGCUCUCUGAUAAAGAGCUCCUAAAGUGUGCUUUCUCAUACCCCCAGACUGAAGGAGCCACAGAGAGCCCGGGGAUCAACGAUAAAACGGGAAAUGAUUCCUUGAAGUACUUCCCUGGAAAGGCGCGAUCCCACCACUUGCAGAUGAUGAUGUCGACAGACGAGCUGGAGCAGGAGCGAAGGGUGCAACGUGAGCAGCUGGCUGCCAUCUUCCAGCUGCUGAAAGACAAUCAGGAGACAUUUGGGGAGGUGUCGGAAGGAGAAAUGGAGGAGCAGCUCAGACUCUACUCCAUCUGACUCCUCUCUGACUCUUCGUGUUUUGGGAUCUGACAGCUCUCCUCUAACCCACGAGCGAUAGAGAAGGACUCCUUCAGUACCAAAUACUUCACAGUAUUUAUACAAGCUGUACAGUCCACCCAACAAGCUUCCAUUUGUGUUUUAAUAUGAUGUACUUUGUUUUAUUGUGUUGUUUUAUUGCUAUUCUAAGGAAGCCCAAAGAGGGAAAAAUAACCCGCUGAUCCAUUAUCGGAGUCGGAUCUGAAUUGGUUUCUAUUCUGUUUUUAUGACUUAAGAACAGGUGAAAAAAUGUUUUUUUUGCCAGCAUAAUCUGACUAAAUUAUUACUUUUAUUUUUUUAAUUGGUGAAAAAUAAUUUUUCUUUUCUUUUUUUUUCAUUGUAUUUAUUUAUUUGUUUUCUAAAUGUUUGUACACGUUGUACAUAUGUUGUAAUACACAUUUCAGCCACCAGAGGCUGACGUGCACCACAACCCCAUAUAAAUUAAUAAUGUAUAUAACAUAUAUAACAAUCUGAGUGGGUCCAUUCUGCACAACGAGUACUUUUACUUUUGAUACUUUGAGUACAUUUUGAUGCUGAUACUUUAAUACUUUUACUUCAGUAAGUUUUGAAUGCAGGACUUUUACUUGUAGUGGAGUAAUUAUACAGUGUUGUAUUCGUACAUUUACUGUAGUAAGGGAUCGGAAUACUUUUUCCACCACUGGUAUUUUAGCCAAAAGUGACAAUAUUUGGACAAGUCUUUGUCGAUAAGUUAUAGCUUAAUUAGCAAGGUGCAGAAAUGAACAGCCAGUCGACUCCUUGGUGUGUCUUUUACUACAGCUGAACAUUAAACAAGAUAUUUUUUU